UCAAGAUGGCGGACGCGGAGCAUUGUGAAGGGCCAACACAAGUCCUUAAUUAUUUCGGACAGUUGUCUUCUUUUACRUUAUACUUCACACAGGGGAUCGAGAUCUUGGAGUAUUACACAAAAGUACCAUUUUACCAUGUACUGUUCGAGAUAAUUCUUGUCUGUUGGAUUCUUUGGUUGCUUGUGUCAAAGAGUUAUCGUUUCAGAGAACAAUCUCUAGAGCUUACAAAAAAGGAAGAAGAAGAACUUAUAGACGAGUGGCAGCCAGAGCCUCUUGUUCCAGCACAACCACUCUACUCACCUGAAGUGCUUCAUUCAAAGAUAGUCAGUGGUAAACCUGGCCACAAACUAAACAUAGAUGGUAAAGAAUACCUUAACUUAGCGACAUUCGAUUUCCUUGGAUUUGUUGGAAAUGAAGAAAUAGAGAAUUCAGCAAUUCAGACAUUACACAAAUAUGGAGUUGGUUCUUGUGGCCCUCGAGGUUUCUAUGGAACAAUAGAUGUUCAUCUUCACCUUGAAGAGCGGCUGGCCAAGUUCAUGCACACUGAAGAAGCUAUCUUGUACUCCUAUGGAUUCUCGACUGUCGCCAGUGCUAUUCCUGCUUACUCCAAGAGGGGUGAUGUUAUAUUUUGUGACAAGAAUGUCUGCUUUGCAAUUCAAAAAGGAGUAGAAGCAUCAAGGAGCAAAGUUAUGUGGUUUGAGCACAAUAACAUGGAAGACUUGGAAAGGCUGCUUAAAGAACAACAGGAAAAAGAUUACAAGAACCCCAAGAAAGCUAAAGUCACUAGAAGAUUUCUCGUAGUAGAAGGACUGUACAUCAACCAUGGAACUAUUGCUCCUCUAGCUGAAUUGAUUGAGCUGAAAAAGAAAUACAAAGUUAGACUGUUUAUUGAUGAGAGCUGCUCAUUUGGUGUUCUUGGAACAACAGGCAGAGGAAUUACUGAGCAUUUUGAUAUUCCUAUCAAAGAGGUUGAUUUAAUCAGUGUUUCCAUGGAGAACUCUCUGGCAACGAUUGGUGGAUUUUGUUGUGGGACAUCAUUUGUGGUUGAUCAUCAGCGCUUGUCUGGUGCUGGUUAUUGUUUCUCUGCAUCCCUUCCACCAAUGCUUGCCACAGCAGCRAUUAGUGCACUUGAUAUAGUAGAAAAGAAGAAAGAUAUAUUUGAAGACCUAAGAAAGAAAUCAAUUCAAAUCCAUAAAGAAUUGAAAGGGAUAAAGGGAUUAGUUGUUGAUGGUGAAGAGGUCUCACCCAUCAUACAUCUGAGGUUAGCRCACCCACCUCAAGACAGACAAGAAGAAGAAAGAAUACUGAAGCAAAUUGUUGACAUAGCAUUUGGACAAAAUCUGGCUCUGACUAUGGCAAGAUAUUUAGAUAAACAAGAAAAAUUUCCUGUCCAACCAAGUAUUCGAAUAACUGUGAAUGUACAGCUGACACAAGAAGAGAUUCACCAAGCUGCUAACAUAAUCAAGGAAGCUGCAAACCAAGUUAUGGCUUGAACAACUGAUGCAAUUACUAAGCUUACACACUAUUCUAGGAGUCAAUCAGUGGUCAAUAUCCACUAUCAAUGAAUAAUAAUGAAUCAAAAAGAGAAGCUGCAGUCUUGAGGUUAAAGAGGAUGAGUCAAGUGAAUGGGCAAUAAACCUACUUGGCUCAGGGGUAAUGUUCUCCCAGACCGCAAGUCAUUCCCUAGAGUAUAAUUUCUUUGUUUAACAGUUGCACAUAAGACAAAUGAAUAUAGAUACAACUCAAACAAAGAAUCUUAAUCUCAAGGGAAUGACACAUGGUCUGAAAUGGGAAAACAUUAYGCUGAGCAUAGAAUAUCUAUUAUGAAUUGACAAUGACGGCAGACCAUGUUACAUUGAUCAUGUUAUAGGUGCCUGCCAGUGCUCAUCUUAAACCUUCUUCUCCAGUGUGACAAAAUUGACAUGAAUGGAUCAUAAUUUACAUCAGCUACUGCAAUUCCCAACCAAAAUAAGAUGUAUCUACCCCUUCAUUUGUCUACUUGAGUGCAGUACCAAGCUACAAUGACCAAAUUAAAUAAAUAUAUGAACUGGAACAACUUAAAUUUUCCUUGUUUGUUAUUGAAGUAAUAUUGUUGUCACAAUUCUGAAGGUUGUUAUUGUUGUAAAUUCAAAACUGAAAUUAAAUCAACUAUAAACACCUUUUUAAUAA